AUGUUCAAGAAAUUUACAAAAGAAGAUAUCCAUUCCAGGUCAAACAUCAAAUCAUCUGUGCAGCGAGGUCUUAAGCAGAACUUUGUUUCAAAAUACCCAGACUUAGAGCCAGCAAUAGACACCUUGAUUCCCAAGAAAUCACAAGUAAUACUCAUAAAAUGCGAGGAAAAAAUUCAGCUAUAUGCAGUAAACAAUGGAUCAGACUCAAGCAAUGACAUUGUGCUUUUCCAACAUUUUGAUGAUAUUGCACCUACUUUGAGAACAGUACACCAAUAUCCCGAGUGUUUCCCACGUGUUCAAGUUGAUCGCGGAGCCAUAAAAUUUGUUUUGGGAGGUGCCAAUGUUAUGUGCCCAGGAUUAACUAGCAAAGGUGCUUUGCUACCAGAGGAAAACUGGGAAGUUGGGAAAAUUGUGGCAAUCUACGCCGAGGGCAAGGAGAAUGCAUUGGCAUUGGGUAAAUUGACAAUGAGUAUUGAUGAUAUUAAGACUAAAAACAAAGGUAUUGGUAUUGAAUUAUUACACUACUUGGGUGAUGGGUUGUGGAACCACAGUGAGGAAUAA